UGAAGGUGAAGCUGGCCCGUGUCACUCUCUCUCUGCCCGUCGCUUGAAGCACCCUCUCCCGUCUCCUCCUCCUGCACUGCACCGGGAUCAUCUGCUUUAGCCCCGAGCCAUGUCCAUAUUCAGCGAUGUCCCGCAGGCCCCUCCCGUGGCGGUCUUCAAACUGACGGCCGACUUCAGAGAGGACAGCCACCCGCAGAAGGUGAAUCUGGGAGUUGGAGCUUACCGUACUGAUGACUGCCAGCCCUGGGUGCUGCCUGUGGUGAAGAAGGUGGAGCGUCUGAUUGUGGAGGACGCCAGCCUGAACCACGAGUACCUGCCCAUCCUCGGCCUGCCAGAGUUCCGCUCCGCCUCCUCCAAGGUCGCGCUGGGAGACGACAGCGCCGCCAUCAAGGAGAACAGGGUUGGAGGGGUCCAGGCUUUGGGUGGCACCGGUGCGUUGAGGAUCGGGGCAGAGUUCCUGCGGCGCUGGUACAACGGCACCAACAACACAGCCACGCCCGUCUACGUCUCAGCGCCCACCUGGGAGAAUCACAACAGUGUGUUUGCUGAUGCUGGCUUCAAAGACAUCCGGCCUUACCACUACUGGGAUGCUGCUAAGAGGGGCCUGGACCUCACCGGGCUCCUGGAUGACCUGGAGAAAGCUCCAGAACACUCCAUCUUCGUCCUCCACGCCUGCGCACACAACCCCACCGGCACUGACCCCACCCCGGACGAGUGGAAGCAGAUCGCAGAGAUCAUGAAGAGGAGGAAGUUGUUUGUGUUCUUUGACUCGGCCUAUCAGGGCUUCGCCUCUGGCAGCCUGGAUAAAGACGCGUGGGCCAUCCGGUACUUUGUCUCCGAGGGUUUUGAGCUCUUUGUGGCUCAGUCCUUCUCCAAAAACUUCGGCCUGUACAAUGAGAGAGUGGGGAAUCUGACGGUGGUUGCCCAGGACAACGAGAAUCUGACCCGCAUCCUGUCUCAGAUGGAGAAGAUCGUCAGGACGACCUGGUCCAACCCCCCAUCCCAGGGAGCACGCAUCGUCAGCAAGACCCUCAACUGCCCCGAGCUGUUCGCUGAAUGGAAGGGUAACGUGAAGACCAUGGCGGACCGGGUUUUGUUGAUGAGGGAUCAGCUGAAGGCCAAGCUGCAGGCUCUGGGCACCCCGGGGACCUGGGACCACAUCACCCAGCAGAUUGGCAUGUUCAGCUUCACCGGCCUGAACCCCAAACAGGUGGAGUUCAUGAUCAAAGAGAAGCACGUGUACCUGAUGGCCAGCGGUCGCAUCAACAUGUGCGGCCUGACCACCAAGAACAUCGACUAUGUCGCUCAGUCCAUCCACGAGGCCGUCACCAAGGUCCAGUAAAGGCUGCUUCUCGCUGUCCGCCCACUUCCUGCCUCCUGUGCCCCACAGGAAGUCUCAUCAUGUCUGUGCCCCCUCCUCUCUGUGCCCAUCCCUUGCUUAUCCUCUCCUCUGAUUGGAUAAACUGCAGCAGGAUUUUUUUUUUUU